AUGCACGAGAUCCACAGCGACGAGGCCACCGCGUUGAUUGCCAUCAAGACGUCGCUCGUCGACCCCUUGGCGAAGCUCGGCGGCUGGAAUUUGGCGUCGGGUUCGUCACAUUGUACCUGGGAUGGCGUGCGGUGCAAUGCCCGGGGCGUGGUCACCGGCCUCAACCUCGCCGGCAUGAACCUGAGCAGCACCAUCCCCGACGACAUCCUCGGCCUCACCUCGAUCGUCCUGCAGAGCAAUGCGUUCGAGCACGAGCGGCCGCAGGCGCUCGUGUCCAUCCCGUCGCUCCUCAAAGAGCUCGACGUCGCUAACCUGCAGCUGCUCGACCUCAUGUGCAACAGGCUCAAGGGCGGCAUCCCGGCGAGCAUCGGCGAGCUCCCCAAGCUGGAGGUGUUGGAGCUGUGGAACAACUCCCUCACCGGCCCGUUGCCGCCGUCGCUCGGCAGCGCGCAGCCGCUGCAGUGGCUGGACGUGUCAACGAACACGAUAUCUGGGCCGGUGGCCGCCGGCCUCUGCGACAGCGGCAACCUGACGAAGCUGGUCCUGUUCAACAAUGUCUUCGCAGGCCCGAUCCCGGCGGGCCUCCACGUGCUCGUCGCUUAUCCGCGUUCAUAA